AUGAGUUCUCCCACCACGCCAUCAGGAUAUGGGCCCAGAUUUAAGCAGUUUGAUGGUGAUGCAAACAAAUAUGAUUUGUGGGAAGAGCACUUCCUCGGCGCGUUGGACAUUUUGGAACUACAUCUCGCGCUCGAUAAGUAUGCUUCAGAACGUCCAGAAAGUUAUAAUCUGGAUCGUGCCAAAAGGACAAUCUACAGUCAUUUAACUGGUUGUCUUGACAGAACGUCACUUGGUGUGAUAAAACGUGAAGCGAAAGGAGAUGGCGUGAAGGCUUUGGCAGUACUACGAAAGUAUUACCUAAGGGAAUCAGACCAGAGGCUGUAUGCUUUAUUAAUGUCAUUCUUCACCAAAAGACUAGAGAAUGGCGGCAGUGCUAUGGAAUAUCUCUCAUUUCUUGAGGAGACAGUAGCAGCACUCAGAGAAGCAGGUGAGAGCAUCAGUGAUCGUAUCUUAGUGGUAAUCACACUAAAAGGACUUCCACAGAGAUACAAGAGUUUUAUUGAUAUAGCUAAUCAACGCAACCCUCCAUAUGAUUUUUGUGGGUUAAAGACAGCUAUAUUAACUUAUGAAGAUACUCUCAAAGGAAAUUCUGAUACAGAGAGAGUAAUGGCUGCCCAAGGUAAUAAUACAUUUAAACAGAAGAGAUGCUUCAAGUGUGGUGAACCAGGCCAUUUUGCAUCAAAAUGCUACAAAGGUGGUGAAUAUAAAAGAGGAAACAACCUGAAUAAGCCUCAAAAUGUCAAGAAAUGGUGUGAAUUACAUAAUUCAAGAACUCACAAUACUAGUGAAUGUAGAACAAAGAACCCCAGGAGGAGUAAUAACUCAGUAAAUUCUGCUAAUAAUACAAGUUACGACCCGUCGAGGGGACCUCAGAGUCGUGACAUUGGAAAACAAAAUGUAUCAGGCUUAGAAGCAGAUGAAAGUUUGAUCAUGAUUGACAGUGGUUGCACUACACAUAUAGAAAUAAAUGAACCAAAAUUUGUGAGAUUUGAAGAGUCCUUUGAUCCACAAAACCAUUACAUUGAGUUGGCAGAUGGCCAGCGGCAACAAGGAAAUGUACAAGGAAUCGGUGAUGUCAAAGAUUUUAUUCAAGAUCGAAACGGCAGAUCGAGAAGUGUUUUACUAAAAGAUGCUCUAUACAUACCAGGAUUUAAGGAACAGGAUCAUCUGUCAGUAUGGAAGACAGUUCAGAGUGGACACAGCAUUACUUUUUCACCAAAUGGUAGUACACUAACUACCAAGGAUGGCACAGUCAAUUUAGGGGAGGCUAAGCACACCCUAGAGGAAUGGCAUAAAAUUCUAGGACACUGUAAUGUGACUGAUGUGCAAAAACUUGAAGCAACUGUUAAUGGCAUGCAUAUUUUGAGAAAGAUAAGUUCAACUGUACCACAUGUGCUCUUGAGUAAGAGUGAUACAGUACAAGCCAUGAAGAGGUAUAUGGCAGAAACAGCACGUUAUGGCAGGAUAAAAAGCCUGAGAUGUGACCAUGGAACGGAAUUUACAAAUAAUGAAUUCAGAACACUCCUUAUAGAGAAUAAGAUUAAACAAGAGUUUUCUGCACCCCACUCUCCACAUCAAAAUGGGACAGUUGAGAGGUCACACAAAUCCAUUUUUGAUAUGGCUCGAUGUUUACUGAUUGAUGCCAAAUUACCCAAGGAUAUGUGGAGCUAUGCAGUGAAAACUGCUUGCUACAUAAGGAAUAGGUGCUAUAACCCCAGAACUCGGAAAACUCCAGUAGAAAUGCUCACUGGAAAGCGGCCAAACAUCAGCAGAAUGAAUGUUUUUGGAGUAAGAUGUUUUGCAUAUGAAGAGGAGAAAAAGAAACUUGAUCCCAGGAGUAAGGAAGGGAUAUUUGUAGGCUAUGAUGACCAGAGCCCAGCGUACUUAAUUUACUUCAAGGACUCCCAGACAGUAAAGAAGAUAAGAUGUGUCAAGUUUAUGGAAAACUUGCCCAAUGUAGCUGAACCAUCAAGUAUCGAGCAAGGCUCAGAUGAAGAAGACAUCUUGGUGGAGACAAGACUUCGCAAAAACCACUUCCAGCAAACCAAGAUAAGCCACCAGAGAACAUAA